AAAUGAUUUUACAUGGAAGAAGAAGAAUCGUUGCAGUUGCACUUUUUAUUCUCUUGUGUUUCCUGAAUGUUCUUUUGACAAGAGAUGAAUAAGUGUCCCCGAUGCAAUUCCGACGCGACUGGAGAGAACCGUCUGGUUACGGACAGCUGUGGGCACACCAAGUGUCGCCUCUGCCUGGUAGCGGAUGUGUCCGAUUGCCUGGAGUGCCGAGUUGCACGUCAGGAGGAGGAGAGGGCGAGAAUCCAACAGACAAAGGAACCCAAGGAACGAACUCCAGCGGAUAAGUGUAUCAUUGUCACGGAUAAGGGCUAUCACUGCACAGUGUGCAAAAAGGACUUUCGCAGCCGCACCCAGCAAUAUUACCACCUCGCCUGUGGCAACGAUCUUCUCAAGAAGUUUAGCUGCAAGGAAUGCGGUCGCAGGUUUGCCAGCCGUUCCCAUUUGAAGUACCAUCUCAGCAGCCAUGAGAACCAAUCGAAGCAUACGUGCGGCGUCUGCAACAAGAGUUUCAAGCAGAAAAUCAUCCUGCAGCGCCACAUGCUCACCCACAAGCAAGAGCAGCAUGUGUGUCAGGUCUGCCAGAAGGUCUUCCGCCGCCAGAGCUCCCUCAAAUGCCACCUGGCCAUCCACACCGAUCUCGGUCUACCAUACAAAUGCGAGCUGUGCUCCAAGCACUUCCAGAACAAGGCCAAUUUGAACCAGCACCUGCGGAAGCACGACCAGAACAGCAUCCGGCACAAGUGCAAGGUGUGCCAGAAGUCCUUCCUGCGCCAAACCACGCUCCGACUUCACAUGAAGCGUCAUUCGAAUCGUGAGCGUCAAUCCUGCUCGUUGUGUGGCAAGAGCUACAACGAUGCGGAUGCCCUGAGCCGCCACCUAAGGCAGCACAAGACCUUAGAACGCUACCGCUGUAUCGAAUGCGAAAUCACGGUUAACCGGAAGGACAACAUGCUCCGUCACCUGCGCUCCAUGCAUCCGGGAUGUGCCUUCGAGAGCACUGUGGAGAUAGUUACCGCCAGGUCCAAUGCUCAAGAGGUCACGCCGGUGGUGCCGGUGGAGGAGAGACCACCCGCGAUCGUGCGCUACAACAGCGUGAUCCAGAGCGUGGGCAACGUGGAGCCAGUGGUGGUACCGGAAAUGUUGCCAUUACCAGCCCCAUUACGAGACCUACACCUGGAGCAACCACUACUACAGCUAGAGCAACCACUACUACAGCUGGAGCAACCAUUACUACAGCUAGAGCAACCAUUUCUGCAGCUGGAGCAACCACUCCUGCAGUUGGAGCAACCACUACAACAGCUGGAGCAACCAUUUCUACAGCUGGAGCAACCACUACUACAGCUGGAGCAACCACUACUACAGCUGGAGCAACCACUCCUGCAGUUGGAGCAACCACUACUACAACUGGAGCAACCAUUUCUGCAGCUGGAGCAACCACUACAACAGCUGGAGCAACCACAUCUACAGCUGGAGCAAUCACAUCUACAGCUGGAGCAACCACUACAACAGCUGGAGCAACCACAUCUACAGCUGGAGCAACCACAACUACGGCUGGAGCAACCACUUCUACAGCCGGAGCAACCACUACUACGGCGGGAGCCACCACUUCGACACUUGGAUCAUCCAAUACCUGUCACAGGGCACCGGCCACUGCCAAACGUUAUGCCCGAGGAGAAUGUUCAGCUCUAUAGGAAGAUCAUCUUGGACCUGGACAAUGAAGAGUAUUCCAAUGAGCUAGUCAUCGAUGAACGCCAAGAAUCCACUAUGCAGCAAAGGCAGCCCCGUGGCACGGGGCAAAGCAGCUCCAAAUUUAGCGAGAUGCACUGGCGCAAGAAUUUCAAAUUCUGGUACCAAAGAGAGGAAAAUACAAAGUGAGGAUAUGAUCUCCCUA